ACAAGUAAAUGAAAGCGAUCAUAAGUUGACUUGUCAACAUGAGAAUUCACUUUUUAUUUCCACGAGCGUGCAGCUAUUUAACUAAGCCUCGAAUGCGACAUGCAUCCAAUAGGUGCAGAUCUUUUCAUUGUACUGUCCCGAUACGUUCAGUAGAGCUGACAAAGGUCCGUUACCCUAAUUUGAAACGAGGUCCAUUUUCUAUUCUCGGGGACGCAGAUGUGCAGUUUUUCGAACGUUUACUUUCCGGUGCUGGAAGAGUAUUGGCCGAUGCCUCUGAGAUUGAAGGAUACAACACAGAUUGGUUGAAAACAUGCAGAGGGAGCAGUGAACUUGUUCUUCGACCUAAGACAACAGAGGAAGUGUCUGCCAUUCUGAAUUACUGUAACACACGCAGACUAGCUGUGGUUCCUCAGGGAGGCAACACAGGCUUGGUGGGGGGAAGCGUCCCCGUGUUUGAUGAAGUUGUGGUAUCAACUCAACUCUUAAACAAGAUUAUCAGUCUGGAUGAACUGUCGGGAACUCUGGUGUGCCAAUCGGGAUGUGUCCUUGGAUACAUGGAGGAAUAUAUAGCAGACUACAACCUCACUAUUCCAUUAGAUCUUGGAGCCAAGGGCAGCUGUCAUAUCGGUGGCAAUAUAGCAACAAAUGCCGGGGGUGUUCGCCUCCUCAGAUACGGAUCUCUCCACGGCAGCAUCCUCGGUCUGGAAGCUGUCUUGCCCAACGGAGAAAUUUUGGACUGUAUGUCAACACUCCGUAAGGACAAUACAGGGUAUGACCUCAAACAGCUAUUUAUAGGAUCAGAGGGUACGCUUGGGAUUGUCACGGCAGCCUCGGUCCUUUGUCCACAGAAACCAUCAGCUGUAAGCGUAGCAUUUCUAGGUUGUGAAAGUUUUGCUCGUGUGUUGGAUAUAUACAAAGAAGCAAAAGGUAUGCUAGCUGAGAUUUUAUCGGCGUACGAGUUUCUAGAUGAGGCAUCUGUAGCUGUGAAUAAAGAAAAUCUCAGGAUGGCCUCCCCUAUCGGUGAUUUUCCUUUCUACAUUUUAAUUGAAACUUCCGGAUCCAAUGGUGACCACGAUGAGGAAAAGUUAAACACAUUUUUGGAAACAAUGAUGUCCAGCGGUUUAGUACUGGAUGGAACUGUGGUCACAGAGACCUCUAAGAUUAAGGAUAUCUGGUCACUGAGAGAACGAGUUGCAGAAGGACUGUUACACGAUGGCUAUUGUUACAAGUAUGAUGUUUCCCUGCCCCAGGCCAAGUUUUAUGACCUAGUUGUGGACAUGAGAGAGAGGCUCGGGACAUCCGUCAUCAGAGUAGUGGGAUAUGGACAUGUUGGUGACGGAAAUCUACAUUUAAACAUGACCUCGCCCACCUACAGCCCAGAGGUGAUGAGUGACAUUGAGCCAUUUGUUUAUGACUGGGUGUCCAAGUACAAUGGAAGCAUCAGUGCAGAGCAUGGUCUUGGAUUUAAGAAGAGAAACUUCAUUUACCACAGCAAAUCUAAGUCAGCAGUAAGCUUGAUGCAACAGCUGAAGAGAUCUAUCGAUCCAAACGGUAUAAUGAAUCCAUAUAAGGUACUACCAGAGGAGUGAAGUGAAAGUAGGAAUGUUUCCGAGAAUAACUUCUACAAUUACUGACUGUAAUUUAAUCAGGUACUGGUGCUAUAUGUAAUGAAAACUUUGAUUUCCUGUGUGAUUGUUAUUCAUGAAUAUUAUCUUAGUGUAAUUGCUGUGUGAGUUUGUUUUAUACUUACGUAAUUCUGAUAAGUACUAGCAGCAAUAUACCGCUCGACUAGAGUGUACAUGUACUUCUCUUUAGCUUGAUUUGGUAUGAGGCUAGUAAGCCAGAGGUCAUGGAUUUGAUCCCUAGUGGAGGUAUUGAAAUAAAUUGAAUCUAUCAUGCUCUCUGUUGCAAUGGAACUCAUGUGCGGACUGGAGAAUUAUACUGAGCAUUACUUCACAAGCAUCGUCCUAGUCCCUUGAAACUCAAGGACGAGUUCUUUCCUGGAGGGAGAGUAUGUAGCCCUGGUAACUAGAGAGAACUUUUCUUUAGCCUGAUUGGAUAAGAGUAAGACUAUCAAGCUAGAGGUCACGGGUUUGAUCCCUAGCACAGCCAUUGAAGGAAAUUGAAUUAAUAUGUUCUCAGUUACAUUAGCACCCUUGUAGGGACUCAGGAAUUAUAUAUAGCAUUACUACUGUCACAAAUGUCGCUCUAACCCCUGGAACUUGUGGGCAAGUUCUCCCUAGAGGGGGAGUAUAUGUUACCCUGGUAAAUACUAGCCGCAAUAUAAAGAGUUUGCUAUAAUUAAAAGAACUUUUCUUUAGCUCGAUUGGUUGAGCACAGGACUAGUAUGCCUAUGGUUCUGGGUUCGAUCCAUUGCAGAGACAUUGAAAUCAAUUAAUAAUUCGUAUACUUAUGCAUAGGUGUUGGUUAAUGACUGGUAAUGCAUGUAUGUUGGUACAACUGUAUGUUUU